AUGGAAGGUUUGUUGGAUGGCAGGAGUGCUUUGUUGGGAAUGGUGACUAUUCCGACUGAGGAAUCAUUCUUAAUAAUGCGUGGUACGGAUUUUGGUCAGACUCGAUUGGUGAGUGCGGGGGAAGCGCAGGAGGAGAUGACGAUGUCAAAAUUUGAAGGGAAUAUUUUGGAUAUGAGAGUUAAUAGUCUAUGGAAUGAAGAGCUCCGGCAGUUUAUAUCAGAGUCCAAAGUACUUGCAUGGUCCAAAAUGCUUCGAGGCGGGACGGAGUCAGUUAUCUGGAACCUAAAGGAGGAGCCUCUAAGCCAUAUUAUUCGAGGAUAUGUCUAUCCUGGUACCGAUAAGGUGGCUGAUCCCACCCUUCUAGAACUUAUCGAUGAAAGAACGGUCUUUCUGCUUUGUUUUGGAGCACGCGAUCAAUUCGAAUCUCAAACACCUCUCAGACACUGCAUGAUUAAUACAGACGAACUAUCCUGGCUGCAGACUAACUAUAAAAAAAUUAGAAACGCCUCCCCUGGUAGUCGAUGGAGGUUGGUCGCGGCCAACUACCUGUCAGAGAACGUACUCAAAGCCCUUCGCAUUCUUGACAUUGCCAGAACUGAAUAA